AUGGUCGACACGAGGCGAGAAAAGGCAAGUUUUGCCUGGAAACUGUCAAUUGGUCUCUUGAUUGUCACUCUCUUGACAAGCCUCUGUACCUGGGCAGAUUCGGUCAAGUCUAGAUGGUACAUCUUUGAUCCUGUGGCACUGCAGAAACUGGUCGACGAAAGCCUGGAACUCUAUCCUGAAUCUACCGCCGGCGCGGUGCACCACAUCGUCACGUCUCUUCGCGAACAAUAUGGACCAGACCUCAUUGGUGAGGACCCAUUCCCUCACGCUACGCCGAAUAGCACUGAGAUCUCUCCUAUCUCGCCCUACGCCUCGCAAUGGGUUUUCAACAAUGCUGGUGGGGCCAUGGGAAGCAUGUACAUCAUCCAUGCCAGCAUCACCGAGUACCUGAUCAUCUUCGGCACGCCUCUUGGAACGGAGGGGCAUAGCGGCCGCCAUACCGCAGACGACUACUUCUACAUCCUCGAGGGCGAGCAGUGGGCGUACUCUGCCAAUUCGUUGGUUAAGGAACGCUACCCGAAAGGGACCAUGCACCACCACCCCAAGGGCGCUGUCAAGCAAUACAAAAUGCAUCGCGGUUGUUUCGCCCUUGAGCUUGCCCAAGGUUGGAUCCCACCUAUGCUGCCGUUUGGGUUUGCUGACACGUUGUUUUCCACAUUGGAUUUUCCGACAUUUGCCAAUACGGUGUGGUUGACAGCGCAAAAGAUGGUGUGCUGUUUGCUGGUUGGCAAGAUUUAG